AUGGAGACCCGCAACCACCCUCGUCAACCGGCGCAACCACCCAAGCAAGCCGCCUACGACCAAGCUUCAAACCCAGUGUCGCAUAAUUUGCAAGAGCAAAGAGCUCCAGAGAGUGCGACCCGGCACCACGGAGAUGCCCCUGUCGCGAUCACAAGGGGUGCAAAUUCGAAACCGUCGAGCGAGGAAGCUCGGACACGCCUGACCGAGCAACGCAGACUGGAACAAGAGAGGAUGCAUAAUUCCCCGGAUGUCGACGUGGAAUACGGUGUAGAGCAACAGCCUGCAGAAGGCUAUAUUGCGGAUGCAGUCGAGCGCAAGGGUAUGGGAAUGCGACGUGCUCAGGCUGGUGCACAUGCCGGGCCUGUUGGGAGCGCUGGUGGGCCUGGACAUCCGGGAUUUGGAGAGCAGAGUGAUCUUGCGGCUCAUAUGGAUGAGAAGCGGGAAGUGCAUGAUCGGAUGCUUGGCGAGAAAGUUGGACACAGCCCAUCGGAGUAUGAUGUCGCCGAUAGAGAGGCCGCUCGGCACCGCAAGCUGAAACAGAAUGAAGACCUGGAUGUGACAGGGGCAGUUAAAGAGGCGAGUGGGGACCCAGUGGUCACUAAUGAAUGA